GCAACCAGUAAAAUGGCCGCCCUGAAGUAUUUAGCAGUGUAGAGUAAACAUUUACUUCGUUUUGAACAAAAGUGUAACACGAAUCGAAAUUCAAAUUAAUUUUCACUAAUAAUUAGCACAAAGAUAAUAAUGCACAACGAAACCGCCGAAUUUAAUAACACAAAAAACGAGAGUAUCCAGACUUGCAAAUUUUGCCCCUCAAUAUUCGAAGAUUUAAGUGAAUAUUUGUCCCACAUUGAGAGGAUCCACAAUUGUAAAAAUAACUGUUUCAUGUGCAAUGUUUGUGGUAAACAAUACAAAACCAAAAACGAACUCACUCACCACAUGAAUUCCAAAUGUGGAACAAUAAAACAAUUCAAAUGCAAAAUUUGUAGCCAAGAAUUGAUGUCUGCUGGCUCAUUAUACAAUCACAUGUUGCGUCACAAUGGUGUAAGAAGUUUCAUGUGCAGAUUUUGUGCCAAAUUAUUUUUUACUGCAGGACAACUCAAAGUGCACGAACGAAUCCACACUCAAGACAAAGCCUAUGUUUGCGAAGUGUGUAAUAAGGGCUUUUGUCACCGACAGAGUCUGAUAACUCACAGUACGAUUCACACAGGAAUCAAACCGUAUCAGUGUGAGAAUUGUGGAAAUUCGUUCAGUUGUGUGGGGAAUUUAAUCAAACAUAGAAAGACUCAUGCUGAUACUUGUGGACUUGUGCCAUUAACUACACACAGAGUUAAACAUCCGGCGACCAAAAUCAAAGUUAAAAUAAACACACCUUCGAACUCAAGACUGAAAAUGCGACAAACGGACGUUGAAGUACAAAGGGAACUAAGUAUUUUGAAGACUGAACUAUGUAGAAAGACUGAAAGUGACAAGAAAGACGCGAGUAACGAAGAGUAUUCAGAGAAAAGUCUCCUUGACCAGUUACAAGAGUGUGUAGAAAUAAAUGAAACUCAAGAGUCUUUAUGUGGGAACAACUCCGAUAAUGACGACGAAAAAAAUACAACAUCGCAGGAGAACACAAAUGAGAUCCAAAUCGACUCUUCAGAUGAAGAACUGAAGUGUACAAAAAGAAGAUAUGUGAAAAAAGAUCCAAAUUAUGAAAACGAAAUAUCGAAAUUUAUCGAACACACAAAUUUUGACAAAGAAGGCUUCGGUGACUGUAAAUACUGUGGUAAAAGAUACAUGAACGUCCGUUGGUUCUACAAACAUGUCAAAGAACACGAAAACAACAUUCCAAUCGGUGCUGACCAAUCAGGAAUCCCUCUCCAUAAAUGCAGCUGUUGCAAAAUGAGCUUUUACACGAAAGAAGAAAAUCUCACUCAUCAACAAACACACCACGCUGAUAUUUUAACUUGUCACGACUGUGAGAAAAUCUUCGCCAAUCGCGACUCCUUACGCUCCCACCAGAAAGUCUUCCACAAAGGAGUCGGGCGGAAAGCUUACAUUUACGUGUGUGAGAAGUGUGGUAAACAAUUCAAACAGAAAUCAUACUUGAAAUGUCACGAAGAGAGAAAUUGCGAUAAAGGCCCCUUUUACGAAUGCUCCAUUUGCAAGAAACAAUUUUCGAGUGUUUACACACGAAACAACCACAUGAGAGUGCACGAUCCUGAAAAAAAACUCUUGUGUAAAUUCUGUGCGAAGAGUUUUCACUGGAAAGGCCAAUUGAAGAUCCACGAACGUAGUCAUACAGGGGAGAAGCCUUUUGCUUGUUUAUAUUGCCCCAAAGCCUUCGCUUAUAGAGAAAGUUUAAUCACACACAGUACCAUCCACACGGGGAUAAAGCCCCAUUUAUGUGAGGGUUGUGGCUCUAGGUUUUCCUGCAUCGGGAAUUUAAUCAAACAUAGAAGUAGUCACGCUAAUGAAUGCGGGGCUUGGACUUACAAAACACACCCAAAGUAGUUAAUAAAUGUUUUACAGUCC